CUCCGAUACUUCCUCCCCGACCAUCCGAGAUGUUAUCUUAUGUUAACAUGGAUUAUGAUUUUAAAGUUAAAACAGCAUCAGAACGAGCCAAAGUUGAAGAUCUUUUUGAUUAUGAAGGAUGCAAGGUCGGUAGGGGAACGUAUGGGCACGUCUACAAGGCAAAAAAGAAAGAAGGAAUUGAAGCUAAACGGUUCAUUUGGGCCGAAGAGCAGUCAGGAAUAUGCUCUCAAGCAGAUCGAAGGCACUGGUAUUUCUAUGUCAGCAUGUCGAGAAAUAGCAUUGUUACGAGAGUUGAAGCAUCCUAAUGUCAUCAGCCUACAGCGUGUUUUUCUUUCCCACACAGAUCGCAAAGUUUGGCUGUUGUUUGACUAUGCAGAACAUGAUUUAUGGCAUAUAAUUAAGUUUCAUAGAUCUGCAAAAGCCAAUAAAAAGCAGGUCAAUGUUCCCAAGAAUAUGGUGAAGUCUCUUCUUUAUCAAAUUUUAGAUGGCAUCCACUAUCUGCAUGCCAACUGGGUUUUACAUCGUGAUUUGAAACCUGCCAACAUUUUAGUGAUGGGAGAAGGCCCAGACAGAGGUCGAGUCAAAAUUGCUGACAUGGGUUUUGCACGGCUGUUUAAUUCACCAUUGAAACCUCUGGCUGAUCUAGACCCUGUGGUUGUAACAUUUUGGUAUCGUGCCCCUGAAUUACUCCUUGGAGCUCGGCAUUACACCAAAGCCAUAGACAUCUGGGCCAUUGGCUGUAUAUUUGCGGAGUUGCUGACUUCAGAACCCAUAUUCCACUGCCGACAGGAGGACAUCAAGACAAGUAAUCCCUAUCAUCAUGACCAGCUUGACCGCAUCUUCAAUGUCAUGGGAUUUCCACAAGAGAAAGACUGGGAAGACAUACGAAAAAUGCCAGAACAUCAGCAGUUGAUGAAGGAUUUCAAAAGAUCUGCUUAUAUCAACUGUAAUCUCAUGAAAUAUAUGGAAAAACACAAAGUUAAAGCAGACAGCAAAGCCUUUCAACUGCUUCAAAAGCUUCUAACAAUGGAUCCAACCAAACGAAUAACAUCAGAACAGGCGAUGAGAGAUCCUUAUUUCCUUGAAGAGCCACUUCCAUCUGUUGAUGUAUUUGAUGGUAUGCCAAUACCUUAUCCCAAACGAGAAUUCAUUUCUGAUGAUGACAAUGAAGAUAAAGCUGAUACUGGGGCCAGCAAGGUAAAACAGCAAACUGCAGGAGGAGGCAACGAUCAGUCAUCAGCACACAACCAGCCACCAGCUAAACGUGUGAGAGUGAUGGCCCCUACUACAACAUCCAGCAGUUCCAUGGUGUCUGGCGACUAUCAGUUGAUUAAUGCACUUGCAGAAUUAGAUGGAAAGGAGAUGUCUUUGAGACCUGCAAAUGCAAAUCCUUUAUGGCAUGUCCACAACAUGCCACCUAACACACAGCAACAAACCAUGCCGUUUUCAACAAGUUCUACAUCUCACACGUCAUCAUCCUCCACCUUCCCCCAGCGCAUGAUGUAACACAAACAUCGAGAGACUGGGCUAAGCCUGCCCUGCUUCUGCAUGGAGAGAACACGUGUUAGGGUUGCAGCAACACCCUUUGUGAAGCAUUCUCGUGGUUGAGAAUGCUUUUUACAAAAAGGAGGUUUAACAAAAAAGCAAAACUAGAAAUGGAAAGAAGGGAAUUUUUAAACAGUGGUCUUAACAAGUUUGAUGAAGACAAAAAUAAAUUAACAUGGGUGAGAAAGAACAUGGAAGAAUAGAUAGCAGUUUGUCUUAUCAAGAAGUAUGGAUUAUGUGAAAUGCUAAUGAUGGUGUAGCAAAAGUGGUUUUAAUUUUAUCUUUUUCCUGGAAAUGUUUGACCAUCAGCCAGAGUUGGUGAAUCAGAAGAUACCAGGGAUGCUGGAUUCAUCAGCGAUUGUGCCUCAUCUUGGGCUCUUUGAAAACAAAGCUGCUGCUGGUGCUGUCAGCUAAAGGCCAUUAAUUAUAUAUACAACCCGCGUUCACAAAUGGAUUUUUGUUGUUUCCACAGGUGUCAGUGAGUUUUAUGCUGCUUACCUGCUUAGAUGCCAUAGUUUACAAGCUGUGGUUUGUGAAGAGAGAAAAAAACAUUUCUCUCUAUAAUUGUGUUUUCCUGAGAGCAAGACCUUCAGUCAUUUCAUACACACACUGGACGUCAGUAUUGUGCAUAAUUUGCAUUCGUGAUUCUUACCUGGCAAACAUACCUGAGGAUUCAGACUAUUAUGAAGGAAAUGUGCAUCAUAGAAUCUGACUGUAGCUGCUUCUCCAUUGGGCUUGUGACAGUAAAGACCAAAGGUCACAGUUCAGGUCAUUGGAGCUUGGGAACAGCCAGGAUCUUCUGCAGUGGUGUGCAAAUCAAAAGCAAUUCAUUUUGCAUGUCAGCGCCACAUAUGACUGGCAGGAGGCUUGUGGAGUGAUAUUCAUCAUACAAAUAAUCUCAAAGCUGUCUUGUCAAACAGUUUAGUGUGUCCAGUAUUCUGAUGAAGGCAGUCUUCAUUCAUAGUUGAUAGAAAAUGCUCAGUGAGAGAGGAUUGCUUCAGGGGCAUAUAUAUAUACACACACGCUGAACCAAAUGGACAAGAAAAGAAAUGAAGCUGAAACAGCUUUGUGAGGAGGAAAAAGAAAAGGUUAAAGGUCAGACUAGAUCACUAGAAGUCGAGAAACAUGACUUACUUUGUAGGAAAAAAACAAUUAGCCAAGAAUCGUACAAGUACUGUCUUAAAGAAAAUAAUGUGGCCAAAAAUCUACUUUACAGACAGGAGGGCUACUAAAUCUCUGUUGUCUAAAGUGUAUCCAGACGUGAUACAAACUGCCAUUGCCAUGUUCCCUAGACAAAACUGGAAACUGGCAAAACUGCAAAUAUGUGUUGUCUAGAUAGAUGCUGUUCAAGAUGAGGGAUCCAUCCAGUUCCACUGAAGAGUCAAGACUCUUGUUAACUGUGGAUUUAGUUUAAUAUAAUUUUGCUGUGGAUGGUAGGGCCUUAUGUCUUUUUGUUUUGUAUUUAAACAUAUUUAUAAUCAGCUAGAAAUAGUCCUCAGAUAAACGCUGACUUUAUUCAAUAAAGGAGCAGUGAUAAACAAGUAGACUGAGUAAAACUGCAGGAAAAGGUUUGGAGAAACAUUUCCAUCCAUGUCAUUAGGUUUUAAUGAGGAAGAAAGAAAAUGUUAUUUAUUGAUGUUUAUUAUAGACAUCAUGUCUUAGAGUUAAUGUACAGUCUAGUUCACCCAAACUGCCAUCCAAUGAUCCUCUUCUCAUUUUAAGUAUUUUGAGUUAAAACAAACACACACUUAUGUGUGUAGAGCUUGGAGGAGGGUGUGUAUGUGAGUGUGCAUGCACGAGAAGGUGUAUUUGUGUGUGUGCGUGUGGAGAAAGAAGAUUUACAUGUAGAUUCCCAUAUGUAAAAUUUGAAAUAAAAAUCUGCUGCUACAUCUUAA